GACCUCUAUCUCUCACACCACCUUUAUUUCAAAUCGUUUCUUUAUUGAUCUCACUACUACUGCUCAGGAGGAAAAACCAGCCAAAGACCCCAUAAUCAAAAAUCAAGAUCGUUGCUACCGAGAAAAAUGGAGAAUCAUCCUACCUUAACUGGCUUGUUGCAGAAAGCCGCAUCGGAAUUCCCCACCCGGCGAGCUCUUUCGGUCUCCGGAAAACUCGAUAUCACCCACCUCCGAUUACAACAGCUUGUCGAUAACGCCGCCACUCUUCUGCGUGCCUCCGGUAUCAGCCCCGGUGACGUCGUCGCCCUCAUCUUUCCUAACACCGUCGAGUUUGUGGUGAUGUUCUUGGCCGUAAUUCGAUGCCGAGCUACGGCUGCGCCAUUGAACCCGGCUUACACGGCGGAAGAGCUCGAAUUCUACCUCUCUGACUCAGAAUCGAAGCUUCUCAUCACAACGAAAGAAGGUAUUCAAUCGGCUCAAGCCGCGGCUUCUAAACUCAAAAUCCCUCACGUGACCGCCACUCUACCCGACCCCCAAUCUGGAAUCUCUAUCUCCAAUUCGGGUGCCGAUUCCAUCUCCAACGACUCGGUCUCAGAACUCGUCAAUGACCCUUCCGACGUGGCUCUAUUCCUGCAUACGUCCGGUACCACGAGCCGGCCAAAAGGAGUGCCUUUGACUCAGCUCAACCUGGCGUCCUCGGUUCUGAAUAUCAAAUCGGUGUACAAACUCACUGAGUUGGACUCGACCGUGCUCGUCCUUCCGUUGUUCCAUGUCCACGGGUUGAUUGCCGGGUUAUUGAGUUCGCUCGUUUCCGGAGCCGCCGUGACCCUCCCAGCAGCCGGCCGAUUCUCUGCCUCGACGUUUUGGUCCGACAUGCUCGCUUACGGAGCCACGUGGUACACCGCGGUCCCCACCAUCCACCAAAUCGUCCUAGACCGUCACCACAGCAAACCGGAGCCCUUUUACCCGAAGCUUCGCUUCAUCCGCAGCUGCAGCGCGUCGCUGGCUCCAACCAUACUGGAUCGGUUGGAGGAGGCAUUCGGAGCACCGGUGCUGGAAGCCUACGCGAUGACGGAGGCGGCUCAUCUCAUGGCGUCGAACCCGUUACCGGAGAACGGCGUGCAUAAGUCCGGCUCGGUGGGCAAACCCGUGGGUCAGGAAAUGGCGAUUCUGAACGAGAACGGGCUCCGACAGCCGGAGGGUGUAAGCGGAGAGGUGUGUAUACGGGGACCAAACGUGACCAAAGGUUAUAAGAACAAUCCGGAGGCCAACAAGGGAGCGUUUACAUUCGGAUGGUUUCAUACAGGUGACGUCGGGUAUUUGGACUCCGACGGAUAUCUGCAUCUCGUGGGUAGGAUCAAGGAGCUCAUCAACCGCGGAGGGGAGAAGAUAUCCCCAAUCGAAGUUGACGCAGUGCUUUUAUCUCAUCCCGAGAUUGCUCAGGGUGUUGCGUUUGGGGUUCCUGAUGAUAAAUAUGGCGAAGAGAUAAAUUGUGCCGUAAUUCCCACAGAAGAUAGCAAAAUAGACGAAGCGGAGGUGCUGCGAUUUUGCAAGAAGAAUCUGGCAGCUUUCAAGGUCCCCAAGAAGGUUUUCAUCACCGAUGAUCUCCCAAAAACUGCCACCGGAAAAAUUCAGCGACGGUUCGUAGCUGAGCAUUUCCUCGCUCAAAUCUCCACCGCCAAAGUUCCAAAGUUUGGAGCUUGAGAGUCUAUUUUCUGAUUUGCAGGCACGCCGUUUGUGGGUUGUCCAUGAUUAGGACUUCCAAAAUA